AUGGAGCAAUCAUAUGACAAGAUGAGUUGGAAGACUUUGGAGCUUGUUCUCAAACAUAUGGGUUUCCCUCCGAGGUUCACCUCUUGGGUGCUUAGUUGUGUCCAAAGUCCAAACUUCACAAUCCUUAUAAAUGGACAGUUAACGGAGGGGAUUACUAUAGAUUGUGGGUUUCGUCAUGUGUUCCCUUUGUCACCAUAUUUAUUCAUUCACUGUUAUGAGCUUUUGUCUGCCCACAUUCAUCAGAACUUCAAAGAGUUGGGUGAUCCAAUUUAUGGUGAGGGACCUCCUGUCUCCAACCUUCUUUAUGUUUACGAUAUUUUACUUUUUACAAGGGCCUCUAUUCCAAAUGUGAGGAAGAUUACAUCAAUUUUGAAGGACUAUUGCUCAUGGACCGGCCAAAGGGUAAAAAGGAGUAAAUCUGCUAUUCUUUUUAGCAAGAGGACCUCCUCUACUACUAGGUCCCGACUUGCAAACAUGACUGGUUGUAGGAUGGUGGAUGAGUUGGAUUAUCUUGGCAUUAAGUUGGAACUGAGAAGACAUGUGAAGAAGGACUUUGGUCCAUUGUUGCAACAAGCUCGAGCCAAGACCUUAUCAAGGGGAACUAGGCAUCUUUCCCUGGCAGGUAGAGUCACUUUGAUUAAUGCUACUUUACUUCCAUCAUUGGUUUAUUUGGUUACUCAUACUCUAGUAACAAAAUCUAUUUUCAAUGAUGAUGAGAGGUUAUGUAUAAGCUUUCUAUGGGAUUUUGAUGCUAAACAUAGGAGCAUUCAUUAUAUUGCUUGGGAAAGUGUUGUUAGAUCAAGAAGGUUGGGCAGUCUCUGGUUCCAUGCAAGUGCUGAAUGGAGAUGUGUGAAUAUGAAAUAUGGGAGCUGGCCAUGGAAUGCUGAGCUGAAGCAUGGUGCUUCGGCUGUUUGGAAGUUGAUCUGUGACGGGGCUAGCAGCUUAUGCUACUGCUUGCAUUGGAAGGUAUGUAAUGGCACGAAUGUUGAUGUUAUAAAUCAUGUAUGGAUUUGGGAUAGAGCCCUCUCGGUUUGGCCUAUAUUCCGUGACAUAGAAGCUAUUGAAGAUCUUAUGGUUGUAGACCUCAUUUUGUUGGAUGGGGUAUGGAAUGUGCAAAAGCUGCUUCUUUAUUUUGUAGAGAGUCUAGCUAUUCAAAUUAUGGAGAUUGAAAUUUGCAAGGACCUAAAUGAAGACUACUUUGUACUACUAAAAAGCCUACUUGGAUCCACUGUUUCAGCAAUUGUCUAUAACAGCAGAUUCCAGGAGGAUGACGGCACGAGCUAUGCAUUUUAUCAUAGCUGGAUGAAUAUGAAUUCGAUCAGGCAUGGCAAGGAGAGUUAUACGCCUGAUUUAUGGCAACAAGUGAACAUUGAUGGAGCUCUUCUUAGUUCUAAUGCUGGGGGAAUUGGCAUUGUUAUUUGGGACAGCAUGGGCAAGCUGAUUGUUGCAGUUGGUUGGAGUAUUUUCCAUUGGGAUAGUACCCAGGUUGAGAUGAUAUAA